AUGUCGUAAGGUGCUCGACUCGUCCCGUUCUGCACAGUGUAGCUCAGACUGAUCCGUUCCUUUCUCACGCACAGCUCCGCAACACCCCCCACCGCUACCUCUGACGCCUCGAACUCGCAGCCGACCGGCGCGGACGUCGCUCCGACCACCGCCGCUUCCGAAGCAGCUCGAGCUGAACCCGCAACAGCGCCUACAGAGCCACCCGAGGGCGACGCCGAUGCGGAAGAUGCGCCUAUCGACAUUGCGGAAUGCAUGGCCGCUGCGACCCGUCAUUUCGCAUUGAAGCAAUGGUCCCUCGCGGCUGAGCAGGCCAGUUAUGCGAUCGAAGCCAUGUCAGUGCUCGACGUUCUCGUUCGGCCACGUCGCGACGCGUCGAUGAACGGCGCGAGCUGGUCAAAUGACGGGGCGACCGCAGCCUCGGUGGGUGGGGGCGACCCGCUUGCACUUCCCAUGACUGACCCUUUUGCACCUUGUGUUUUCCUCAUCACAACAACAGUGAGAAGCAACAUGGCGAACUCUCGAAAGAGUCGGCCGAUGCGUUGAUGCUCUAUGGCAAAGCCGCCUUGCAGAACGCCAUCAGUCAAUCCGCCGUCCUGGGUGGCGGCAACGCCAAAGCCGAGCAGACCGAGGAGGCCGUUCGUGAGUCAAACACUAUGCACUGUUAUGGUCAAUACAGCUCAUCACAGAGUCUAACCAUGAGCAACACCCAGAACAAGCCGUUGGAUCCUCAUCCUCCGCUACGAACCCUCAAGCCGUCGCCGCUUCAUGGAAGUUCUCAUUCGGUGGGGAUGCCGAGGACGAUGACGACGAAGAAGGGGCAGAAGGCGACGACGAAGACGGUGGCGAUGAAGCCAUGAUGGUCGAUCGUGACGACGAACUCGAGGGCGCCUACUCGGCUUUCGAGAUGGUGCGAGCGAUCUGGUCCAGAGAUAAUGAUGGGAGCAAGGAGACUCAGAUCAAGAUCGCCGAAGCUCAGAGGAUGUGUGGUGAGGUAGAACGUGAAUCAGGUCAGUUCCCAUCGCACGACCCCUUGAAAGCGCGUCUUUCCUCGUGUUGUACUGACCUUUCCAUUUUCACCGCGAGCUAGAGAAAUUCGAUCUGGCCAUCAAGGAAUACGAAUCGGCACUCGCGAUCCUCACCUCCGUCCUCGAACCGUCGAACCGAACACUCUCGGAACUACAUAUGCUCAUCGCCCUAGCCUACGACAUGAUACCCGACUCGGUACCUCAAGCCGUUCAUCACGCCGAGCAAUCUAAGGCCGUGUUGUUGACCAAAUUGGCCGAGUUGGAAAAGGCCCAGAAGGAGGGUGGUGACGCCGGUGCUGGCGAUGAUCGAGUACAGAAGGAAAUUAUCGAUAUCAAGGAGUUGAUUGGGGAAUUGGAAGAAAAGGUCGGUACGCUUGAACGAGCGGAUCCCUGUAUGUUGGCGACAGAUCGAACUGAUGAUCUAUUGUUGGGUCACCGGGGCGCCGGCAGAUUGAAGACCUCAAGUUCGUCCCAGAGGAAGCACCCAAGACGGAAGCAGAGAAGCAGAUUGAUGCUUUGCUUCAGAAUUCCAACUUUACGAACGCGCUCAAGUCGGGGCAGGUCAAUAACCUCAACUCGCUCGUCAAAAAGAAGAAGCUACCUGCCGCGCCGGUCGCAGAAUCUGCUGCUUCCGCGGAAAAGAGGGAGGAAGGGGCUCAAGGGACAUCAGCGUCAAGUACGAACGGUACGAGUGGGUCCAAAAGGAAAGUGGACGAGAUUGAGAUUGGGACUGGCCAGGGCAGUGCUGGGGCCAGUGUCGAGGGUGAGAGCGAGGUCAAGAGGAAUAAGGCCGAAGAAGCGUGA